AGUUCUUCAGGCAUCAGAAGCAGACUUGACUUGACCUUGAAGGAUAUUGGGACCAUGGUUGUGGUGGCUGACUUCUCCCUGUCCUGCAGUUUCCCUACAAAGAUGAUUGAUUGCUUCACCAAUGGAACUAUGGCAGCUCUUGCUGUGAAAGUGGAAUCUGUCCCCAGCUUGUCUCCAAGUCAACUAACUCUAAGGGAUCUGAGUUGCCGGCCUCUUCAGUCUGAUGCUAUCAAUGCAGUUUUCUACUUCAAUGUCAACUCCUGUGGCACAACUAGAAGGUUUGACAACAACCUCCUGACUUAUGAGAAUGAAGUGCUGUUCACAUCUUACCGGUUGAGAGUUGCCUGUCACUAUCUGGUCAAUGACACCAAGGUAGUGCAGUUCUUGUACCAGAAUAAUCCUGCACCUGUAGUCCAGCCUGGCUUGGGGGACCUUGCAGUCAUCAUGCGGCUUGCAUUGGGUAGGACUUGGCAAUUGAAAUAAUAUAGAUGCUCUAGU